CGAUUGGACAGAUAGGCUCUUUCACGGCAGUUCAGUGCUGCUGCCUGUGUGUGGCAACCGGGGGUAAGCUGGACAACUGAAGGGAAAUGCGAGAUUGUGGAGAGAACCAUGUUACGCUUUUAAAGAAUCUCCAGCCUCUUCGAGUCGGAAGACAGAUUUUUGGAAGCCGUGUUUAUAUACGUUUUCGCUCUCUCUCUCUUUUUUUUUUUUUUUUUGUUUUUUUUUUUUGGAUUAACCUUCUCCAAAAAGGCGGACAUUUCUCGGAUGGUUCGCGGGGCAGAAUAAAGUAGUUUAAUCGAGCCCGACCGCAUCAAAUUUUCUCCCAACUACUCCCUCAGUGUGGCUUGGUUGCGCUCCGGAGAAAGAGAGAGAGAGAGGAUGCUUGUUGAGAUCUGCGUCCACCACGCUUACAUGAGGAGGGAUUCAACGCAUGAAUUAUAGCCGACUCUGUUUCCUCUUUUAAAAAAAAAAAAGUCGGGCGGACGGCUGGGACGCACGCACGGGAUUUUCACGAACCCCCCCUCCCUCCCUCUCUCCCCCUUCUACCCUCACCCCCUGUCUGCUGAGACUGGAGUGGCUGUGAGCACAUUUCAACCAUUUUGCCAAAGGACCUGCACACUGGAGACAUAAACAAAGGAUACAUUACAAGAUGUAUCCACAAGGCCGGCAUCCGGCUCCACAUCAGCCUGGCCAGCCUGGCUUCAAAUUCACUGUAGCAGAGUCUUGUGACAGGAUUAAAGAUGAAUUUCAGUUCCUGCAAGCCCAGUAUCACAGUCUAAAGGUGGAGUACGACAAACUGGCCAAUGAGAAGACGGAGAUGCAGCGCCACUAUGUCAUGUAUUACGAGAUGUCCUACGGGCUGAACAUAGAGAUGCACAAACAGACUGAGAUUGCCAAACGGCUCAACGCAAUUUUAGCUCAAAUUAUGCCUUUCCUGUCUCAAGAGCACCAGCAGCAGGUUGCUCAGGCAGUGGAGAGGGCUAAGCAGGUUACUAUGACCGAGCUGAAUGCUAUCAUCGGGCAGCAACAGCUCCAGGCGCAGCACCUCUCCCACUCUGCUCACGGCCCUCCGAUCCAGCUCCCACCUCAUCCCUCAGGCCUGCAGCCGCCCGGCAUCCCCCCUGUGACCGGCUCUGGAUCAGGCCUGCUGGCUGGGGCCCUGGGCAGUCAAGCACACCUCCCAGUGAAGGACGAGAAGAACCACCACGAUCUGGAGCACAGAGAGAGCACGAAUAACUCCAUAUCCCCAUCGGAAAGCUUACGCACAGCCAGUGAGAAGCACCGCAGCUCCUCUGACUACAGUUUGGACUCUAAAAAACGCAAAGUGGAGGAGAAAGACAGCAUGAGCAGAUAUGACAGUGAUGGAGAGAAAAGUGAUGACCUGGUGGUGGACGUGUCUAAUGAGGAUCCUGCCACUCCACGCGCUAGCCCCGUACACUCGCCGCCUGAAAAUGGCAUAGACAAGCCUCGGCCGCCAAAGAAGGACACGCCCAAUAGCCCAGCAUCAGUGGCAUCCUCUGGAAGCACUCCAUCCUCCAAAACCAAGGAGCUCAGUCAUAAUGACAAAUCCUCCACGCCUGGCCUCAAGUCCACCACCCCCACACCUCGCAAUGAUGCCCCCACCCCUGGCACGAGCUCCACUCCCGGGCUCAGACCCAUCCUGGGCAAACCACCAGGCAUGGAGGCUCUUGCAGCCCCAGCUUUGCGUACCCCUCUGUCCAUCGCAGGCUCCUACCCGACCCCUUUUGCCAUGAUGGGUCAUCAUGAAAUGAACGGAGGCCUGACUAGUCCUGGUGUGUAUGCUGGUCUGCACAUCUCCCCUCAGAUGAGUGCCGCAGCAGCUGCAGCCUAUGGACGCUCCCCAAUGGGGUUUGAUCCUCACACCCACAUGAGAGCACCCGGCCUUCCAGCCAGCCUCACAUCCAUUUCUGGUGGCAAACCGGCUUAUUCCUUUCACGUCAGUGCAGACGGGCAGAUGCAGCCUGUUCCCUUCCCCCCCGACGCCCUGAUUGGCCCUGGUAUCCCACGCCACGCCCGUCAGAUCAACACGCUGAGCCACGGCGAGGUCGUUUGCGCUGUUACCAUUAGCAACCCAACACGUCAUGUCUACACUGGUGGCAAAGGUUGUGUCAAGAUCUGGGACAUUAGCCAACGCAGCAAGAGCCCAGUGUCCCAACUGGACUGUCUGAACAGGGAUAACUACAUCCGCUCCUGUAAGCUGCUGCCUGAUGGCCGCACAUUGAUUGUUGGAGGCGAGGCCAGCACAUUGACGAUCUGGGAUUUGGCCUCUCCGACACCCCGCAUCAAGGCCGAGCUCACCUCCUCUGCCCCUGCAUGCUACGCCUUGGCCAUCAGCCCUGACGCCAAAGUCUGCUUCUCCUGCUGCAGCGAUGGAAACAUUGCCGUUUGGGACUUGCACAACCAGACUCUCGUUAGGCAGUUCCAGGGUCACACGGAUGGUGCUAGCUGUAUUGAUAUAUCCCAUGAUGGCACUAAGCUGUGGACAGGCGGUCUUGACAACACUGUUCGCUCCUGGGAUCUGAGGGAAGGUCGGCAGCUGCAACAGCAUGACUUCACUUCACAGAUCUUCUCUUUAGGCUACUGUCCAACUGGAGAAUGGCUCGCUGUGGGCAUGGAAAGCAGUAAUGUGGAAGUGCUCCACCACUCAAAGCCUGACAAGUAUCAGCUCCACCUGCACGAGAGCUGUGUCCUCUCCCUCAAGUUUGCUUAUUGUGGGAAAUGGUUCGUGAGCACGGGGAAGGACAAUCUGUUGAAUGCAUGGAGGACGCCUUAUGGCGCCAGCAUAUUCCAGUCCAAGGAAUCGUCUUCUGUCUUGAGCUGUGACAUCUCGACGGACGACAAGUAUAUUGUGACAGGCUCGGGUGACAAGAAGGCCACCGUAUAUGAAGUGAUCUAUUAGAACAGAAUGCUUUGGAUCAGAGCAUGCUCGUGCUCAGGAACAGUAGACACUUCCUCCAUCUACCUUCCCUCACACAGACAGCAUGGAUGUUGCCUGGUGCCCCGGGGUGGAUGGGCAGGAAGUUUGGCAGUGCCAGACUGAGCGAGAUGUUGGUGACGUUGUGGCCCUGGAUGCUGUAAUCUUAUGGCUCUGCCCUUCCUCACUCAUACAACUAACACUUGUACAGCAAGUGCAGUUCCCUGAGACACUAAGAAGAAAGUAAUGUCUUGCUGUUUUUCUGUUUGUUGGAUAUUUCUUUUUUAUUCGUCCUUUUUAAUGUGGAGAUAAAGUUCCAUGACACAACUAGAAGCAGCGCUUCGCUCUGGAGCUUCUCCUCGGAGGUCCUGUGAAAAGUGUACAUAAUGGAGUAAUAAAAGGCCUUUUAUAGAUUUAUAUUUUGGUGUCCAGUUACGCUUGUGAUGGUUCUUUCUUGUUUUCCCCAUGAUUUUAUGUCCCCUCUGGGGAUGGAAAUUAGAUUAGGACUUUGUAAAAGGAUAUUCUAUUUCAGUUUUUCCUCCCCCUCUGUGUCGGUGUCCAGAAUGACCUUUUUGGAAAUCUAAUUUGGAUUUUUUUUUUUUACUGACAACAGCAUUUUUUCUUCGCUAUUUGCUGUAACACAGAACACAGGAACACAGACGUUCAUCAGAUGGAUUUAAACAGUGGAGAAUUCUGGAAAGGACCUUUUUUCUUCCGGACAGGCGGCAGGAGAAAAUCAUGUUUUCAACCCAUUUCUAUCCUCUGGACCUGUUCAGUAGAUAUUCAUCUCUGAAAAAAAGACCUAUCACACAGGACACUGGCUGCUUUCAGUGACCGUUAAACUGAAAUCUUUCAACAGGAGGACUAAAGGAUUUUUCUGAAUAAGCAGCUGUGACCUGCGUUCAACCUGUUCUCUCAACUACACUCGGCAAAGUUUAGUCAUCAGUCCAGGAGUUAAUUAUUUCCUCUCUGGUUUGACUCUGUGACUGAUGUGCAAGAUUUACAUGGUUACUCAUAAAGGUGGCAAAAAAAAGCCAUCACCAUUUCCGGUAUGCUCAGUUUGCUUUCAUAAAUAUUUCCUAAUAUUCAACAACGAUCUUCUCAUCGACAGGAAUGGUCUCUGCAUAAGCACACGUUAGCCUGUGUAGCAUACAUGAUUCAUCAUCCCUGAGGAUUGUACAGUUGGCAGUUGUUGAUAAAUCAAUAAACUGUUUUUAUAUUUAAAAAA